AUGGCAACGAUGAGCGUCAUUCCCCGUCGCAUUGUCAGAUCCACUCUUUCUUCAGCUAUGCGGUGUAGCAUCUGGCUUACUGGUGUGGAACAUGAAGCUGUUAGUCGCCUACCUGCAUCCAUUUCAUUCCAUCAAUGUCGUUCCUUUGCCUCAUCUGCUGGAAAGGAUGGUGAUGCAUCCACAGGAGCGGAUCACCAUGCUUUCUUUCAAGAACAGCUCUUGGAACUAGAAAAUGAACGAAAGAGUUUCUUUGGGGACGAUGCUGAUCAACAGCAGGAUAAUGUCAAGGGGAUGGAUACACAAGAACAAAAUGCCUUCUUUGCACAAGAAAUGGAACAGCUCGAAAACGAACGCAAGGAUUUCUUCGGCGAAAACACGCCCAACGCUACCUUUGAUCCUCCAACACCAUCGACGAAUGCGAGCGGCAUGACUCCUGAGGAUUUGGACUUUAUGCACCAAGAACGAGAGGCAAUCUUUGAAUUCAGCGAGCACGAAAAGCAAGCUUGGGGUCAACAAGAUAUUGGCGAUAAGCUAUCACCACAACUCAUGAUGGAAAUUGCCGAGGCACGGGCAGCACUCGAACGGGGAGAGGUCUUUGAGGAGAGCCCCCAAGAUAAGACAGCGGUACCGCCAGCAGAAGAUCUUCACCAUCCUUGGUUUUCUCAUGUCAGUCAAGAUGGAGAUUCGGUGCACAUGGUGGAUGUCGGACACAAACAAGUGACGACGAGAAUGGCCGAAGCCCAAACCAAGGUGAUCCUGCCAGCAAGUGUUAUGGAGGCCUUUGGUCUAGAUGCCACUUCUUCACAUAAAAAUGAACUGAUCGGACCCAAGGGCCCUAUACUAGCAACCGCCAAACUGGCAGGUAUCAUGGCUGCAAAAAAAACCAGUGACUUGAUACCGCUGUGUCACCCGCUUCCGCUCGAUCAAGUGAAGCUGGAUAUUCGACUUGUCAACAAUGAAAUCCUCAUCAAUUGUACAUGUAGAGUUACGCACAAGACUGGUGUGGAAAUGGAAGCUUUGACGGGUGCUACCGUAGCAGCACUGACAGUCUACGACAUGGUCAAGGCUGUUAGCCACGAGGUGGAAAUCACCGAUACCAAGUUGGUGGCCAAGACUGGCGGCAAGCGCACGAUACAAAAGGAGAUAGAAAAGAAAGAGAGCAUUCAAUAG